AUGCUUAGAGGAACAGCGCUCUGUCUUCUCGUGAUUGUAGCGGCUUGCAGAGGAGAACUAGCUUGCCCGUUAGUGAAGAGUGUAUACCCUCCUUCGGGAACUUACGUAGAUCCAGCUGAACGGCUAAAUUUUGCCGUUACUAUUGAAUUCGAAGAACCGAUGUUUCUCUACUCUUACAAAGGCAGAACUGUGAAGCUCGAUCUUUCAGCAUCUGAGGCAGAACUGACUGACAUUUUCCGUCCGGCAAGUACCAAUUUCAAUGCUGCCGCUCUUCGUUUGGUGCACAGGCGCUAUCGUAGAAUGGAGGUGCUUGUUUCUCAUCGACCUGUCAGUAUCCACUCCCCAGGAAACAAUAAAAUUAUCAUAGUUUGGGAAAUAGGGUCUAUGAAAGAAAUUGUCUGGAAGAAAUUCUCACAACUUCUUGUUGUACUGGGAGAAAAUCGUUUCUUUUCAAUAAGCAAAGAGAGAAGUGUACCCGGUGGUUUGGUGGGAUAUUACUAUAUCAUUGGCAGCAGACAUUCAAACUACGUGGGUGUAUGUCGGAAAAGAACAAAGCCGCCACCAAUGCUGUAUGAUUACUGCCGAAUUUCUGGAGGGAAAAGACAACUGAUUGGAAGUUCCAAGCCAGUGUUUGUUGAAGGCACAGUCGAGAAGAAAGUAAACAGACAACUAAGUAUAGACCUGAAACUGGUUUGGAUGAAAAACAAAGAUGAAACAUUAUCUACAUUUGGAACAGUUAUUCUCAGUGGCAGUGAAGGGAGUGCAUUUCGUGAUGUGAGUCAUGGUCUAGUAAGAAUCAAUGGCUUGCUGUACUCAACAGACAUGACCUUAGCAAUUGAAGUCAAUAGAAAAGGUAGCGUCAAGCGUACAUUACUGCAUCUUGUGCUUCUUCUCAAAUGGAAAACAUUUCUGCACCCUUUGCUUGAAGUGGCUCACGAAACUGUGAGCAAGAAAUUCUACAGAAUCAGUUUUGGUGUAGUGGUAGGCUCUAUGCUUGGACUGUCAGCUGUGCAUAUCCACAAAUACAAGGACAUUCCUAAGCAUCCUUGCGUCAGGCCAUUCAAGACGUUGUUGCAUGAAGUUUGCAAAGACACCUUGUAUCUGCCUCAACUUGUUCCUUCACUUGUGAGCUGA